UUUCCUCCUUCGCGAAAUGAAUAACCUUAUGGGAUAUUGUGGUUGCCUCUUGUUUGAUGUUGUUGUUGGCCUUUGAAGCGCACUUGUCACAUGAUUCCUUUGUGAUCUAUUACUUUUGCUUAGUUGAAAAUAUCGUUUUGUGCUAUUACAUUAAUCUAUGUGACCUUAGGAGGAGUUGUGUAGCAGAAAAAUAGUUAAUGGUUUGGUUCAGUAAGAUCAUAGAUCGCAACACGCUGGUUGCUUGUUCGUAGUCUCGUGGCCGUCUCAAUCCUUGAAUGGGCCGUUAAGGGAGAUAAUUGAGGGGUUUUCAACGAAAUAUGUGCUUCAUUUUUCUCACUAUGCUGCAGGAAUUCCUAUUCCUCUUGUUUUUUGUAACAGUGCUUUGCUCUUCAUUAGAUUUUAUAACAUUUUUUUGAUCAUAAGUUCAGUGUGAAGGAUCGGCCUAGAGGAAGUGUUUAUCAAUUUUUUCUAUCAUUUGUUCAGGUGGAUUUGAAUCUUGUUAGAGAUACAUUAGCUUGAACUAAAGACUCGAAUUUUUCAGUUUUAGGAAUAGAUAAAUCUUGAAGUUAGUGCUGCAAGUAAACCUUGUUACGCAUUUUCUAGGCCUCAUUAUUGUGCCUUUUAAUCUUGUACUUGUGUUGAGCACAUCCACUAGCAAGAACGCCCUCGCCCUUUCUUCCUCGUAGUUUACUAUUCAAUUUGUUAAAAUGAUGUGGCGGGGGGAUCUAGUCCUCACUUGGUGGUGGACUGAAGAUGUGGAAAGAGAGGAAGUAGUACCUAUUGGAAAUAGGUAUAGCAUCAAUCCUUUACAAAAGCCGAAGGGUACUUGAAGGCCUGUAGAUAUGGGAAGAGAGGUAGACCAGGAAAAUAGAUAUGCAAUUCAAACAACUUAGAAACUAUGGAGAAGAAACUGGAGAUAAUCCUCAACAUUGAAAUUAAUGGUGAAAACGAGAACUUAUUUUCUUUCAUUGGGAAUGGUAUGUUAAUAGGUGUGAGUUGAUUGGUUAAAUUUCAGGAUAAAUUGUCUGGAGAACCCCUCAAAGAACAAAUAUAAGGAUUUUUGAAAUGUAUUCUUAAAUCUUUAUAUUUUUAUCAAUGCUUGCUUAACUUUUAUUUAUUUUUGUUUGAAUUAUUUUCAAACAAAUGUAUUGAAGAUUUCCUUGAAUUACUUUAACCAACGCAGCAUUGCGCACUUCACGAAGUAUUCGUUGUCAUCAUUCGUGCAUGCGACUACCUCCGCUUCAACAUCUUUUUUCUUCUCUCCCCUACCACCCCACCAUAUGUUUGAGGAAAUGCUCUACAGAACACUUCCUCCCAUUCUCCAACUCUAUUCUUCGUGCCUCCAUCGAGAAGGGCUUCUUCCACAAAGCUCUGUCCGACUACAACUUCCUCCUCCUCUCCACAGCCUUUCACCCCGACCAUCGAACCUACCUCCUCCUUCUCAAAGCUUGCAACAACUCCUCAAACCUCAAAGUGGGCACCGAAAUCCAUGCAAGGAUUACCAAAACCGGCUUCAUUAGUCAUUGGUCUGUAUUAAUUACCAUCUUUCGAUUAUAUGUAGAUCAUGAUAGUAUAGUGGAAGCACAUCCAUUAUUUGAUGAUGUGAUGAAGUGGAAUACCGACCCAUUCUUUGGGAAUUUGUUGAUAAUGGGUGUGUUGAAGAAAAGAGAGUUUGAGAAUGCCUAUCGAGUGUUCAAGGAAAUGCCUGUGAGAGACUUGAUCUCAUGGAAUUCGAUGAUAGUUGGUUCUGUAAAGAGCUUGCGAUAUAGGGAAGCUAUGAGCCUUUUUAACAAGAUGAUUCAUUUGGGUUUCGAGCCUGAUGGGUUCUCGUUCUCGUCCGUGCUAUCCGCGUGUGCUAGGGUCGGUGCUGGUAGUUAUGGUGAAUGGGUUCAUCAAUUGAUGGUGGAUAAAGGGAUGGAAACCAACUAUAUAAUUGCUUCAGCCCUUGUUGAUAUGUAUGCCAAAUGUGGUAACAUUGAGAUGGCAAAAACAAUCUUUAACUCAAUCCUAAGGACUCAUGUUUCCAUUUGGAACUCGAUGAUCAGUGGAUUGGCAAUACACGGACUUGGCUCCAAUGCAAUCGAAGUAUUUUUAAGAAUGGAGUGUGAAGGUAUGAUUCCUGAUGGGAUUACAUUUGUUGCGUUGUUGACAGUGUGUAGUCAUUGUGGUAUGAUUGAGCACGUUCGCAAUCUUUUCAAUGACAUGAAAGCUAAGUAUUCAAUCGAGCCGAAGAUUGAGCACUAUGGUGCAUUCGUUGAUGCGUUGGCUCGAGCCGGGUUAUUGGAUGAGGCAUAUGAUAUUGUAACGUCGAUGAGUAUAAAACCGGAUAAUGCAAUAUGGAGGGCAUUGCUUAGUGCUUGUAGAAAGCAUGGACGAGUCGAGCUAGCUGAGGUCGUAAUCAGGCAGAUGGCAAGUGGUGGUAGUGGAGAUUAUGUCAUGCUAUCAAGUAUCUACUCGGCGGUGAAGCGAUGGGAUUGCGCGGAGAGAGUGUGGGAAGUUAUGAAGGAGGAGAAGGUGAGGAAGAAUCGUGGGUUGAGUUGGGUGGAACUGGGGGGAAGAAUACAUCAAUUUAAAGCUGGGGAUAGAACUCAUAUCGAUACAAAUGAUAUAUACCGAGUAGUCGAUGCUUUGUCAAAGAGAGUCAAGGCCGAAGGGUUUUUGCCGAUGACUGAGGUGGUUAGUACGGACGUGUUAGAGGAGGAGAGGGAGGAGAACUUGAGAUGUCAUAGUGAGAAGCUGGCGGUAGCUUAUUGUGUUCUUAAGACGGGCCCAGGAGCGGAAAUUAGAGUUUCGAAGAAUCUAAGGGCAUGCAGGGAUUGCCAUCAGUGGUUGAAGAUGGUCUCAAAGGUGUUGGGCAGGGUGAUCGUGGUGAGGGAUCGGAUCAGAUUUCAUCGGUUCGAGAAGGGUUCUUGUUCUUGUAAGGAUUAUUGGUAGGAUUUGGUCUGAGAAGCUUAUAAACUCUGUCUAGGACUCUCAAGGCAUUUUGGCCAUUGCUGUUGAAAUAGUUUUUUGAUGUAGCAUCAGCUACUUAAUUAUUAAAAACCUCCAAACGGCUAGAAGAAGCUCAUUUCAGCUUUCUGUGGUAGCUAGAAGGUUUGGACUUUUUACUUAGCAUCUGCCUUCCAUGUUGUGAGAAAAAAAGCUGGGCGAAAGGCUCUUAAACACGAACAUCUUCAAUGGAUCAAAUUUUUUGGCUUUAUAUUUAGCUAAAAGAAUUUGAUUCAUCCUACAAAGUUCAAGAGAAUUUAAUUUAUGACAGUAAGAAGCUACGGUUAUAGCUCUCACAUUUGACCUCAUUGAUGAAUCGUGGGAGAAAUUUGAAAAUCUGAAAGGCCUAUUUGGAUAUGUGAACAUUUUGUUUGGCACAUCUCUUUUGUUUCCUCAAGGAUAAAGCAGUGGUUGGUGUAAAUGGAAUUGAUUAGAUGUCUACAAGGGAUAAAAUCAGUCGUCUAAUAGGAGGAAUGUAAUUUCCUGAAAAAUCAUGGCUUUCAGGAUGUUGUAAUGAACUAAAAAGCAAACUAGUGUUUGCAAUGACCGAAUAAAAUUCCCAUUUUGAAGAA